GAGAACAUGUUAAACCGACAGUUUCUUCUUAGCAAACCUCCCACAUAGACAUUUAAAGAUCUUUCACUCUAUCUUUUAAUACACAUUUCUAACAAACUGGAGACUAACCAUGGCUGUAAAGAGAGUGUGCUAACCAGAGUGUGGCAUCCAACUGUAAGGUGAGAGAUUUACUUACUCUGUGUGGGGGAAGGCAGCAAGUCAGCAUCUGGCAGAAGGAGCCUUGUCUGAGAAACGGAGAAGUGGAGGAAUAAAGUAGAUUUUUGUUUGCCCUGAAACUUGCCAGUCUUCCCCUCCCCAUUGUGUGAGUGGGUCAAACAAACCAUUUUCCUUCUCCCCACAAACCCACUUCCAUCCUUAGACGAUCACCACUACAACACUGCCGGUAAGAGCAGAAAUGCGUGAUCGAUGCUGGGCUGCUGUGUGGGAUCAGAUAAGCAGAUGGAAACCAGCCCUUUGCAGGCUGGAAAGGAGGAGGACGAGGAGAUAAAUCAGGCUGUAAGUGGUUAGAGAGCUGCCAAGGGGGAGGAGAAAAACUAUUCCAUUUUCUGGAAGCAUCCUUUGGGAACUGCCGUUCCCCAGCGGUCUCUGGAAACCAGUGUCUUUGAACCACCUCGAGCUGACUGCUCACAACCUCUAGCACAGCAGAAGUUGUUUCAGAGAACCCCAGCUUGAGACUGCGCUGUGGGCUUCCAAGCCCGAAGCUUAAAGGAGAGUAGGCACGGGGUGGUCUGCAGAGGAGAGCCGCGUGUGUGCAGAGGUUGAGCUUGUGCUGCUGGAGCGUUGCUGGUCCUGUGAUGCAGCCCAGCCUCUCCUAGUCUGAACUAAACUGGUGAUACUGGAGCAGUGACUCCUUAGUCACAUGGAGCCAGAAGGUUGUUGUUAGCUCCUGCUUUUAAAGACUUUUCUUUAAUACAUCAAGGGAAUAGUCAUAAACACACAUGACGUAGCAUUACCUUAGUGUUAAAGCUGGAAGUGACCAGAGAUAAGUCCUGAACCUCAUACAAAUAUGCCGCUUCUUGUGAGGUAAAAUCCUGAAGCCCAUGAAAUCAGUGGGAGCUUUGGUUAUUUAUGUCAGCGUUGCUUAUGCCAGCAUUUCAGUCCCGCGUACAAACAGAGCGAGGCAGCUUGUUGCUAAGCUUGCUCACACGUGCAUCGCACACACCGACUUGAACCCAUCACACACUUGGCUGCUGUGAUGUGUAAUUUGGAUGCUCAGUCUCUGAAGUCUGUGGAGGAACAGGGGCACUUCCAGAGCGAUUUGGACCUUUAGCAUGGUUGUUCACUGGAGUUGCCUCUUUUCCCUGAGUGCAGACAAGGUCACGCAGGGUGUUGUUUUCAGCUUUCUGGUAACUUGAGACUAAAGGGGUGGCAGUAGCCUUCACCUGGACCCAGCCCUGUUUUAAUGGAGAUUUAAGAUGCUCCUGGUGAUGGGUAACCUGUGUAGAGCAGUAGAUUCAGGAGAGAGCUGUCUGGUCAGACAGGCUGCAUAUCAGCUCCAUGACUUUCUUUUUUAUCACGUUUGGCCUCCUUUGAGUUACUGAUGGGUUGGUCCCAGGGAAAGCAGAGGAUUCGCAAUACCAUUAUCUUCCCAGUGAAAGGCCUCUUUCUGCUAUACCUGACCUAUCCUCUGGCUCCUCCUAGUUUUUCCAUCUACAUUCACUGUAGAGUGACCUCCCUCAGAUGCCAAAGCAGGGAAUUGCAUUCUUCAGUUCAACAGGAUCGAGGGACUGCCUGGAGAAUGACAGCAAAGUAGCUACACUGAGUUGUAUUGACUUUGUAAAACCUUUGGAAUUUUGCAGAAGAUAUGAUUUCUUAGAAGCUGCCUCAAACUCAACAUUGCACGUAACCUUCACCUUCAACAAUUUCUCAGCAAAUUCCAAAUAUGUUUUAUUUAAGAUGAAAGCUCUAAGAUGUAAUAUUUCAAAGGAGCUAGCUUGGUCUUUUACAUAUAUCCAAGGACAAUUGAGCAGGAGAGUUUGAUAAGCACGAGGAGCUGGGUAGAGAGGUAGUUCUGGAGGGUUUGCUCCUCAGUUUGAAAUGAAGUUUCUGAUGGGCUGACAAUGAAGCAGUGAGAUUUCUGCCAUGUCCGAGGCACAAAAAGCACCAAAAGCUGAGUAGUUCUUUCACACAGUGUCUUCUUGUGCUGAGCUAGGCUCUAAACUUACAUCAGUGAACACCAUGAGAAUUUAGUCAUUCAACAGAGUUUGAAUUGUGGGAAGUUAUGCCAAAUAGGUGCAGAUCAGGAUCUGGAAGCUAAGAAUUGAGUAGCAACAGCUAGAUGGCAACUUGUCUCGGUAGUAUUCAUUGUGGAACUCAGUGCUUAAGAGGAAGUAAUCAGCAGGAGGAGGAAGAAAACAGAACCUGCAAUAAAUCUACUGGUGAAAAGCGUGUGCACCAUCUCCUCUAUGUGUAGUUGGGAGUAACAUCAGACUACAGAAGCACAUCCACACAGGAGGUCUCCCAGGAUGAUUGUGAAAAAAGCAUUAGGAACAUCCCUGAUGGUUAACAAGUCUUUCAACACAAAAUUACGCAUGAACAAUCAAAAAGACGUCAAAAUGUUUCAAAUCUCAGGGGCAAUUUUGAUACUUGGUUUUGUUGCCCUGAUGGCUGUUUACUUCAUGAGAACAUCCAGCAUAGUUGAUCCUAAGGGACAAACUGUUGUCAGCAUUUACCAAGAGGUGGAAGAGGAAGAAGAACUUCAUGGAGACUUCCAGAGAGCCACAAUAACUGAGGAGGGCACCAACAGAUCUAACGAUUCCUGCAGAUUUGAACUUGUGGAAAACGUUCCUUAUGACUUACCUUUUGAGGUAAAUACCACUGCAGCCAAACCCUUGUACCAAGCCUGGAUAAGUCUCCUCGAUAUAGCCCAGGAAAAUAUUCACGUGGCUUCUUAUUAUUGGUCUCUUACUGGGAAAGAUAUCAACGUCAAUGAUUCCUCUUCAGAGCAGGGUGAAGAUAUUCUGAAGAGGUUUGAAAGAUUACUUGCGGAGAAUGUCUCUGUGUACAUUGCAACAAGUAUGCCAACUUUGGCUACGAAUUCAACUGACCUUGAGCUUUUAGAAAAAAAAGGGGCCCAUGUAAAAAAAAUUGAUUUUGAACAUUUGACAGGAGGAGUGCUGCAUAGCAAAUUCUGGAUUGUAGACAUGAAACACAUAUAUAUUGGUAGUGCAAAUAUGGACUGGAGAUCUUUAUCUCAGGUGAAAGAGUUUGGUGCUGUGAUAUACAACUGCAGCUGCUUAGCCAAAGACCUAUGGAAAACAUUUAGUACUUACUGGGAUCUUGGACAUGCUAAUGCUACCAUCCCAUUCCCUUGGCCUCGUAACUAUUCUACCCACAUAAACCACAAUCGGCCUCUGGAAGUAGAAUUUAAUGGAACUUUGACAAAAGCCUACUUUUCUGCUUCUCCUCCUGCAUUUUGUCCAGAAGGCCGCACUCAUGACCUCUUUGCUAUCAUCAGUGUUAUCAGUGCGGCAGACAAAUUUGUCUAUAUUUCUGUUAUGGAAUAUUUCCCUACCAGCCGUUUUGUUCACCCAAAAAGAUACUGGCCAACCAUUGACAAUGCUCUGAGACGUGUGGCUUUCAACUACAGAGUACAAAUCCGGCUUCUGGUCAGCUGCUGGACCCACUCUGACCCAGCCAUGCUCCACUACCUGAGGUCCCUGAGUGCUCUCGACAACCCACAUACCCACAUUAGUGUCAACGUGAAACUCUUCAUUGUUCCAGUUUUUAACCACACAAAUAUUCCUUAUGGGAGAGUGAAUCACAACAAAUAUAUGGUCACAGAUAAAGCAGCCUAUAUUGGGACUUCCAAUUGGUCAGAAGAUUACUUCACUAACACAGCUGGCGUGGGACUAAUUAUCAAGCAGAAUUCAACCAACCUGCAAAGAAGGCCUAUCCAGAAACAAUUAAAAACCCUUUUUGAGCGUGACUGGAAUUCCAAAUAUUCAGUGAAUCUAGAAGAUGUGCAAGGACAGAAAGACUGUAACUGGAGAGACAGAAUCUGAAGUGAACUGAAAUAUGCAUUUAAAAUAGAAAGAAAAAUAUAUAUUAAUCUUGUUCCCUGUGCAAAACAAGGAGCAUUCUGUAUUAUGUCUUUGUCAGAGAAAUUUCUUCUUUGUGGUAUCCAUGCUGUCUGAUGAUGUUAGAACUUCUCAUAGUUGAGUCUACCUGCCUACUCAUUAGUCAGCGUGUGACAUUUUCUUUGCUGUGUAUGAUUACCCCAUCUCAGAGUUAAUGAAAUGCAUACAGUAUGAUAAGACAAGCUGUCUGAUACUAAAGCAAACAUGGAAGGCAUAACCAGAUCUGAAUACAUCGGAGAAGCAGGUCGUUAUUGCUGUGCUGUCUUAGGAAGCUAUGUAUUCAACCCUAAUAUUCCACUAACAGUGUUUUCUUACAUGUGUUUAAGCAUUUUAAAAAUAAAGCUCUGGUCACUAUAAGGUUUGGGUACUGCAAGUAAUCACCUACAGCAGCAAGGGAAGAUAUUUAAAAGCAUUUUGGCAUUAGAGGUACAAGGAAGCACCUGUAUUUAAAUGUUGAGGCUAAUCACUGGAGUUAAAUACCCAGGAUUUAAAUCUUGGGAUCAGCUUCCAGCUCAGCUGCCCUGAACUGUGUGUCUGGUAUGCUUGGAUAUCUGUGCAUUGGCCUCCUGUAGCAAGCAAGAUGGGGGCCAAGUUGUGAUGAGAGGUGGAGCUGAACUAGGACUGAGAUUCCUUGAACUGUUUUAUCCAUCACUGCAAGCCACUGUUUGUCGUUAAUAAGGCAUAUUUUUUAAGACAUGUAGUUAUAUCUACUGAUCACACUGUAUAUCCACAUACAUGUUAACAUACUGAGGAGAUAUAGUUGCUUGCAAUGCUCUCCUCUCCCAUUUCUUUUCUAGAAUCUGCUUAAAAUUUUGAGAUUUCCAUUCACUAAUUAAAAUUUCUUGCACAGUAGAAUUUCCCAGUUCUGGUUUUCAUUAACUAUGCUUCACAGCUUUCUCAUCCUAUACCAAGAAAUACAUCUGGCCACACACUGUAUUAAUAAUUGUGUGCAGGAAAAACAUCUGGACAGAUUUUUCCCAAUGCAAGCAGCACAUGUGAAUGGUGGGAGAAUUUGAAAAUCUUUUUGAGAAGUUACACGUUUCAUCAACGAAACUACUUUCUGUAGAGCAGUGCUCUCCUCUAGAUGGCACUCGAAGCUACGUUUUCACUUUUUUUCCAAGGCAAGUUUAGCAGGAAAACGAAGAAAACUUUUUCUUCCCCUUCUGAGCUCCAAUUGGACAGUAUUGGGUAAGUUGUUUAGUGGGGCAAAGUUUCUGGGCAGGUUAUGAGGCUUGUAUCUUGGUAACACAAGAAUCCUCUGGGAUAAGGUUCAACUUAUAAAGCAAAAAUUGAUGCCUUCAAGAGUGCUAUUUUAUUUUCUUUACUGUCAUCAUCUGUGUUUUUUUUGUUUGUUUUGUUUGUUUGUUUGUUUUUUUCUCCACAUACAAAGGAGGGCUUUGCAAUUAAGACAAUGAACUGUAUUUCAAAGGAA